AUGUCCCAGGCGCCUUGGCGGGCGGCCCGUGGGCUGCGGGAGUGCGGGCGCGGCCGCGAGGGCCGGGUGAGGCGGCCGCCGGCGGCGGGGGUCGCUCGGAGCCGCCCGGGGCGGGGGCCGGCGGCAGGGGGAGGGGCGCUUCCGUGGGCGCUCGGGGCCGCGCUCGCACCGUCCCUGCGGCGGCGACGGCGAGAGUUCCCUAAGUUUGGCGGCGAGGGCGCGGGCCCUCCGCGCCGGUCCCCUUCUCUGCCGCCGGGGCCACGGCGCGCCGCGUCUUCUCGUCACAGUUUAUCUGGGCGAGUUUCUAAUGGCGGACGCGGAGCGGGCAGGUCUCGGGCUCCGGGCCAGUGUGGGGGUUUCCGCCCCGCGGCGACGCGAGUUGCCCGCGAGACUAGGAAUCGCCUUCAGGCCAGUCUGGUGGACGUCUGUCUGAAGCUGAGGAGGACCGCGUCGCCACUGUUCUUUGGCAUAGAUAAAUGUUCAGCGGGAGGAUUAGACUUGACUGAACAGACUCCUGUUUUAUUAGGGAGUAAAGCCAUGGCAGCUAGUUUCAUGGACGUAGCAUUUGGUGACCCAGCUAGUCCUUUAGUUAAUAGAUCUAGAAACUCGUCAGCGGAGGAUGAUGAUGAUGAUGUUGUAUUUAUUGAAUCUAUACAACCUCCUUCAAGUUCUGCUCCAGUAAUAGCUGAUCAAAGAAAUUUUAUAUUUGCUGCAUCAAGAAAUGAAAAGCUACAAGGAAAUUAUUCUAUAAUUCUUCCUUCCUCAAGAAGUUUGGCUUCUCAGAAGGGAAGUAUAAGUGAGACAAUUGUCAUUGAUGAUGAAGAGGACAUGGAAACAAAUGGAAAGGAAAAGACAAUUUCUUCUAGUUUUAUUGAAUGGGCACUUCCUGGAAGUAAAAACAGAACCAAAGAUUUGGAUUUCUCCACUUCCAGUCUUUCAAGAAGUAAGACCAAGACUGCAGUAGGACCUUUUAAUCCUGGUAGAAUGAAUGUGGCAGGAGGCGUAUUUCAGAACAGAGGAUUUACAGUUCAUCAUAGUCCUGAUUCUUGGAUCUCCCAGUCAGCAUCCUUUCCCAGUAAUCAGAAACAGCCAGGGGUGGAUUCUUUAUCACCAGUGGACUCACUUCCUAAACAAAUCUUCCAGCCUUCUGCCCAACAGCAACCCUCUAAACCAGCUAAAAUCACUUGUGCAAACUGCAAAAAGCCUUUGCAGAAGGGACAGACAGCUUAUCAGCGCAAAGGCUCAGCUCACCUCUUCUGUUCCACCACCUGCCUCUCCUCCUUCUCUCACAAGCCUGCUCCAAAAAAACGCAAGGUGACAUGUAAAAAAGGUGCACCUGCAAAAAAGGCUACUCUUGUUCCUCAAGGGGAGUCAAGUGAAUCCUUCCAAAAAUUUUGUGGUACAUCUUCAUCUCCCUAUGAAGAUAACCAGAAUCUUCGAAAAAGAGUUCUGAAUAAAUCAAGAUGUACAAUCUGCAGUAAACUAACAGAGAUUCGGCAUGAAGUCAGCGUUAACAAUGUAACACAUAAGCUGUGCAGUAACCAGUGCUUUAACAAGUACAGGUUGGCCAAUGGUCUAGUGAUGAAUUUCUGUGAGCAGUGUGGGGAGUACCUGCCCAGCAAAGGUGCUGGAAACAAUCUCCUAGUCAUUGAAGGUCAGCAGAUGAGAUUUUGCUGCCAAAGUUGUGUUAACGAAUAUAAACAGAUGAUGGAAACAAACUCAAAAAAAGUGCUAGCAUCAGAAAACAGAAAAAGGAAUGCUGUUAGAGAAGAAAAUGAAAGAGAAUUGUAUGGGUCAUUGAAUAUACUUUUGGAAAAAAUAGAAAGAAUACCAGUGAAAAAGGAAAAGACUUCAGAACUACAAGUUUCAGCAGAAUGUAGCCAAGAUAAAUCAUUGGUCCAACAGGAUGUGAAUUUACCUCCUUCUGUGUCAACCAUAGCUGAUAAAUUUCAAGAGCAACUGGAAGAGAAACGAUCAGAAGACUCCAUUAUACCAGCUGUGCUUUCUGCAGAUCCAGCAGUUCUGUUGUGCAUCCCAUCCUUACAUACGCUUGUUUCAAGGCUUUUCCUGUGAGCAGUGCCUGAGCAGAUCGAGAUGCGUCCUUGGUAGGCCCAACACGGGAGCACUUGCAGACUCUGUAGGGGAGGCUAGCACAGAAAAGUAUUUGGGGAAUAACCAGGAAGAUCAUUCUCAUUAGUUUAUAAUCAUUUUGUUUUCUGACAGCUGGACCGUUUCAGUCUUUCAUAUUUGGGCCUGAAUGGGGCUCUGGGGUGUUUCCAAAAUCCAGCCACCUCCAGAGGCCUGUGGGGAUACUCUGAGCAUAUCCAGUUCUGAAGUCCCUCUGCAAAUGGUUCAUGUGCCCAUUAUUUCAUGAACACUUACCUGUUAAUCAAAUGACAGAUUUGUCAUGUGAUUGUCUUAGAUAGACGCUUGGGUAUCUGAGCAAACUAAUGAAAUCAACCAGCGGCCACUUUAUCCAUUGAGAAAACAAAAUUAGAUCCUCAACUUUUAACUUGUUUCAUUUCAUAGGUGUGCAGGCACACCUAUGAGGCACGUGGUAAUGAGUUAAAUAUGAAAAAUUCAAAAGAUGUAGG